UCUAGGCCUCCUUUGUUUUCGUCCCUAUGAAGUCCCAGGGCAAAUAAGUAUUACAAGAGUUUCAGUCACAAAGAUGAAGGUCGAGCCACUACCAUAGUUUGGCUUCUCUUUUCCCAAGCUUAUGCCAUUAUAAUUCAGAUGGGUGAGGGUCAUUGCAGCAGCCUAGCUUCUGUGAGAAAAUGGUUUCCAUGGCUCUUGAGGAUAGGGAUCAUGGGGCUGGUCAUGUUGGCCGAUAUGACAUCUGAGGAUCAAAUCGGGCCUCCUUCAUCCGGUGACCUAUGUAUCAGUGAUUGUGCCACAUGUCCUGUCAUAUGUGCACCGCCACCUCCGCUUCUAAAGUCAUUUCCACCGCCAUCACCCUCGGUGCACCAUUCACACUCAUCGCCGCCGCCACCGCCCCUACUAAAGUCAUAUCCGCCGCCAACAGCGACUCCGCCAGAGGCUCCAUAUUCUUCAUGGGGAUCUCCUCCGCCUCCUUUUAAGUACUACAACAAUAUGCCUCCUUCAGGUCUGGUGCCACCUUCAGGUCUGGUGCCACCUUCAGGUCCGGUGCCACCUACAGGAGGACCCCACGAUUAUCCCUAUCCUUACUACUACUUUUAUUCCUCCCACGCUUCUUCACUUUCCCUUGAUGCUUCCCUUGUCUUUAUGUCAUUAUUUGUCUUCCAUUUUGUGUUUUCUUGUUGGUGAGUGAUCGAAACAAGAUAACAAUUAAGUUGUUCUCUGGGAAUUGAAGGAGCCUAGCUAUGUACUUCCCAGAUUGUUCAUAUUUUUCAGUUUAUUUGCUUCCUUUUUUUAUCAUUCUACUUAUGUUUAGAGAUAAACAUCAUAUUUUUUGUUGAAUGAGUGCGAUGUAUUUAUUUGAUUUGUAUAACUUGGUGAUCAUUAUAUAUGAGAAAAUAAAGGGCACAUAUAUAUGCUUGA